AUGACUAGGGCUCCAAUAUACUUACUUGAAGUAUUGCCAGAUCCAUCACCUGAAGAAAAUGUUGCUGCAUCAUUUCAAGAAAUAGAUACGUUUAUUGAAGAAUUUAUUUAUUCAGGCAACCAUAUGGAUAUGAAAAGUGAUGAGAGGCCUAAACAUCAAGUCAUAUUAAGUUGUUGGAGGGCUGUGAAAGAAGCAAAGUAA